CCAUUUUAGGUGCUCAAGCUCUCUCCUGGUCUGCCCCGUCAUCCGGUCUUCCUCGUUCCCAGUCAUGUCGCUCGCUGAUCUAUUAAUUGGGGUCACCCCAUUCACGCUCCCCCGCCAUCUCACCAGCUUUGUUGAGGGCCAGACGCCGUUGUCAACGACCCCGGUCGUGCUCGGCACUCUGGCCGCAUACCUGGCUACGAUCUUUGGAAUUCAAGCAGCCAUGAAAAACCGCCCGCCCCAGAAGCUCAAUGCUCUUUUCCAAGUCCACAACGUCUUCUUGAGCGGUGGAAGUCUCUUGCUUCUGGUUCUGAUGAUGGAGGAGGUCAUUCCUAUCAUUUGGAAGAACGGGUUUUUGAACGCCAUUUGUCGUGAGGAUUCCUGGACUCCGCGCCUGGAAUUCUACUACAUGAUCAACUAUUACUUCAAGUACAUUGAACUCAUUGACACGGUGUUUCUCGCUUUCAAGAAGAAGCCGCUUGCUUUCCUCCAUGUGUUCCACCACUCUGCAACGGCUCUCCUAUGCUACUCUCAACUCCUCGGAAAAACGAGUAUUUCAUGGACUGUCAUUAGUCUCAACUUGACCGUCCAUGUUUUGAUGUACUACUACUACUAUGCUACUGCCGGCGGCGCCAGGAUCUGGUGGAAGAAGUACUUGACUAUGAUGCAAAUCACUCAAUUCGUGAUUGACCUCUUCCUUGUUUACUUCGGGACUUACGGACACUUUGCCUCGACCUACUACGACGGAAUUCUGCCUCACGUUGGCAACUGCGCUGGAACCGAGUCUGCCGCCGUCUUUGGCUGUGCGCUCUUGACCUCAUAUCUCGGCCUGUUCAUCCAAUUCUACUUCCAAACGUACAAGAAAGGUUCCAAGAAGCCGCGUGCCAAUGGCACCGCCAACGGCACCACCAACGGGACUGCCAACGGGACUGCCAAUGGGACUGCCAACGGCAAAACCGUGAAGAUCGAGUGAGACUACUGACCUAUAUUAAUAGUAUAUAGAGGGGCCUCGUGGGGCUUCAAGAUGUGCACGCUUCAAAAAUUGUAAUAGCCCACAUAAUGUGCAUCCGUGGAUUCGAUGUCACCUGUGUGACGAGACGCGCGUGUGACAUCGCGUUGCCCCAUUACAAACA